AAAAGCAAACUGCAAAGCUACAUAUUUGAGCGUUGCAGCCAACGUAUCUUAGCAAAACUAGAAUUAAAAGAAAAUUUUAGAGAGGCUAGAAUUUUUCAUCCGGUUUCGGCGCUUUGGUCAAAUAUUCAUCAACGUCCGAAGAUAUUUCUUUGUUUCGAGCGCUCUUUUCCAAAUAAUGCAUCACAAUGUUUCAAGGGUUGGAUGCUACGAUCAAGGACCAAAUCCGUGCCCAUCCUUGGACUAUUUUCGUGGAAGAUGAUUUCUACAGCACGCGCCGAGAUAUUCGCGCCGUCUUGGUCACAGCAGUCCAUUCAAAGCGGUGUCAUGGAGGAAUAUUUCCGGAUAACGUAGUUUUGCCAAAUUUUCAGUCAGCUGUUCUCGGCAGCUCACGGCCCUUGUUGAAUUUGUGGACACAUUGGAUAAACGCAAGUUCUUCUAAUGUGGCUUUCAUCCCACCGGAAGGUGUUGCUGCGUUACCAGCUUCCACCGGCGACACCAGCAAAGUCGAUUCCUGGGCUCUGGGAUGCUUAACCAUUUGGUUUAUCGACAACGAACAACCACUGGAACUUUCCCGACAUAUGCGAAAUGUUUCCCACGUGCUUGAUUUGAAGCAACCGCUGCUACCGAGACUGCAGGCAUUGUAUAAGAAUGUGGGACAGCACAAAAAACUAUUUUUUGGGCCAAAACUCAAGCUUGCUAGACCGGUACCAUCCGUUUGCGAAGACUUUUUGGGUCGCUGUUUGGCGGUUGACCCAGCGAAACGGUGGAGUCUCCAACAGCUGCGCGCUCAUCCCUUUCUCGACCCAAGCAAAUCAACGGAGGAGCUUUUUGCACUCGAUACUGCGCUUUUUAAGCAUCAACUGUCCUUUAAGGAGGCCUCAGAACCGAAAGAAUCUAGGGGUCACGCGGUCCUAAUGAUCGCCUAUGCCACGGUGCUACACCAGCAAGGUGAACUCGUAUACGAACAUCGUCAGCCGCGGGCAGCGGAUAUGUGGCGCUUUGCAUUCCAUGUCAACAGAGAGCAGCAGAGGCAGCGUGUUUUGUGGACGUCUUUGAAGCAAUUAGUUAAUGCAUUGACUAUGGAAGCCAACAAAGAAGAAUGGGCUAGUAUUUGUAGGAUUCGAGAACUGCAAGAGGGAAGCAAAAAUGUUGUACAGAACUUGGGCUGUAAGUGCGUUGAGGUCAGCAACUGGGUUUUCUCAAAAGAGAUGCUAGUUGUUACGGAACAUUGCGCAGGAGGUUCAUUGAAAGAAGCGGCUAAAUACAAACUGCCCAUCGACAUUAUCGCUAAGUGGACAAGGGAGGUGCUACAAGGUCUACAGUAUCUGUACGGACACCGCAUCGUCCAUCGCAACAUCAACAGCGGCAAUAUUCUCUUUAGCGCCGCCGGUUUUAAAGGGACCAUCAAGAUCGGCGGUUUUCAUUACAUAAUGUGGCAACAUAUAGGCCGUAAUAAUAGAAAAAUGGAUCGUAAUUUCCGAACCGAAAUGAAUGCCCAGCAAGGACAGGAUGGGCGGUUUGCCGCUCCGGAAACCUUGGAAUUCUAUACUGCAAAUGUAAACUUGGAAAGAAAGUGCGAUAUUUGGAGUUUUGGGUGCGUUGUGCUGCAUUUGGUGAGCGGUGCUCCGCCGCUGUACAUUGGCGAUAGAGGAAAGCCCAUAACGUUUGAAAUGGCGAUAAUAUAUCACGUGCACAGCAACAAAGCGUUACCUCGCAUUGACGAGUGGAUACCGGCAAACGUCCAAGAAUUUAUUAAAACCUGUUUGCAACUCAAUCCGCAGGCACGGCCAAGCGCUACUGAGCUCCUUCAGAGAUUAGAAACCGGAAGCUUCGGUUUAAUUCGACAAUUUCGCCCGGAUACUGCCCAGUACCUCGCAAAUCGUGAAGGUAAGCCACUUCCCAACGAUGUUGCGGAAUACUGGAGGACCUACCCCUGACGAUGGCGGCGUUUGUUGCACUGUCAGUUUUGCACAUGCCCGUCAGCACUGAAGAUGUGCCAGUUUUACGAUCUCCCACCGCCAUCAAUGAUGCAUUUCCAAUUUAUCGAGCAUUCGCCACGUACUUUAUAGCCUUUGCUGACUAAAAUGCGGAUCCUGUAAAUUAUUUCAAAUGAGCUUUUUGUUUAUUUUUUUGCCCUCAUGGCGCAACAUUCCUUUUUGAAUGGUUUCGACCAGAUGUGCUUCGCCAUCUUGGCCGCAUAGUGCUUUGGUAGCAGUGAAUUAGUUUGAAUAGUGUAACAUUCAAUAACAUUUGUGAGUUACUGUCGAGUAACUCACAAAUGUAUUGAAGGUUCCAUAGGAAACGAAUCAGGCGAUCGCAUUGUAUGGCCUAAAUCAAGCCCUCCUUCUUCGUUUAUGUAGCGACAUAGCGAU